AUGGGUGUGACAUUGGAUGAUACAUUGAAUAAUAUGAGAGACGGCGUAUAUACUUUUCGUGCACAUAAAGGAAUAUAUCACAGAAUCGACCAAUUAGUUCCGAGGGAUGGGACUCCUAGGUACUUGCAGUUGUAUUUUUACGAUCCUGAUACUGAGUUAGAUCACAGACUCCGAUGGCCAAAUCUUGAUCGGCGUAUUACUCAGAUUUUAACACGCGUUCUUUCUACAAACCCAUACGUCGAUACAUUUAGAAGACUUGCGGAACUAGGACCUCUGGACAACUAUAGAGUCACUUUGAAUACUUCGGUUGAACUUGACCAAAGGGUGUACAACCGACCAAUGACAUCGGAGGUUGCUGGUAUUUGGGUUGAAGGUAAUGACAAUAUCACUUCGUAUAAACGAAGUAUUGUAGUGUACGGUAGGUUUGAAUAUAGACAAACUAUUCAGCCGUACUUCAGUUGUUACGAUCCAUUGUCGUAUCCUCUAUUUUUUCCUAAUGGUGAGUCGGGUUGGCAUGCUAACAUACCACGUCAAGGAGUAUCAAUCAAUGAGGUUCGCAACAAUGACAACAUCGAAGGAGAAAUGGAAGAGGCUAACACACGAAGUGGUAGAACAACCGUGGCUAUGCGAGAGUACUACUGUUACAAGUUCCAGAUUCGAUCUACCGAUAAUGUGCUUUUGUUCGGUGGUAGGCUGCUACAGCAGUUUGUGGUUGAUGUUUACAUCAAAAUUGAGACGUCACGCUUAGAAUUUUGUGAGAGAAACCAGGAUAAGAUUCGGGCCGAAUUGUACCAAGGUAUUGUGGAUUGCGUCAAUACUGGCGAGGUUCAUGCAAACAGAGUCGGGAAAAGAAUUGUGUUGCCUGCAUCUUUCAUCGGGGGGCCUCGCGACAUGCGACGUCGGUUUCUAGAUGCGAUGACGUUAGUUCAAGACGACGGCAAGCCUGAUGUAUUCCUUACAAUGACAUGUAAUCCUAAGUGGCCUGAGAUAUGUGAUAACUUACAUGUUGGUCAAACUGCUACAGAUCGUCCAGACCUUGUUUCAAGAGUGUUCCGGGCUAAAUUAGAAGAUCUUAAGGAUCAACUCUUCAAGAAACAUGUCCUCGGGGAAGUUAAGGCAUACGUCUAUGUCAUUGAAUUUCAAAAGCGGGGUUUGCCGCACGCACAUUUUCUCCUAAUCAUGUACCCGCAACACAAGAUCAAUAACGCGGACCAUUAUGAUAAGGUUGUGUGUGCUGAAAUUCCUAACAAACUAACACAUCCCAGAUUGCAUGAGAUGGUUGUCAAGCACAUGAUUCACGGUCCUUGCGGCAAUUUACGAUCAAGCAGUCCUUGUAUGCAGGGUGAUCCUAAAAUUUGUCGUUUUCGCUAUCCUAGACAAUUUAACGAACAGACGACACAACGAGAAGAUCCGUAUCCGUUGUAUCGAAGGAGAGACACCGGGAUAGAAGUGGACCUACGAGGACAAACACUUGAUAAUAGAUGGGUGGUCCCAUAUAACCCAAGGCUUUUGAUGAUGUUUAACUGCCACAUGAAUGUUGAAGUUUGCUCAAGUAUAAAAUCUGUGAAAUAUCUUUUCAAAUAUGUUUAUAAAGGACAUGACAAACAGGUUAUUCAAGUCGAUCAAAGUGAGCCAGGGGUUGUUAUUAAUGAGAUAAAAAGAUUUCAAGAUGCACGCUACAUAUCGCCCCCAGAGGCUAUGUGGCGCAUUUUUUCCUUCUCUCUUUCUCAAAUCUUUCCUGCUGUUCUAGCCUUACAACUUCAUCUCCCAAAUAAUCAGAUGGUUAGAUUUAGAGAUGAUGACUUGAUGCCUAAUAUUGUUGAUAGGGAAAGGGAUAAGAGAACCAUGCUAACAGCAUUUUUUGAUCAGAAUAGAAACGAUGAAACAGCAAGGGUACAUUUGUAUAAAGAUUUUCCAAAACACUUUACUUGGAAUGGAAGCACACGCCGUUGGAGUCGUCGUUUCGGUAAAAAACAAAGAGGUCGUAUCGUUUCCGCUAAUCCAGCCGAAGGAGAAAGGUACUACUUACGCCUACUUUUGUCAAAUGUCAGAGGGCCUACUUCUUUUGAACAUCUUUGCACAGUUAAUGGUCAACGGUGUGCGACAUUUCGGAAAGCAGCUCUUGAGUUAGGCUUAAUAGAAGACGAUGAAUAUCUAUCACAAUGUCUCGAAGAAGCCUCUACGUUUCAGUUUCCCAAUGCUCUUAGAAGGUUAUUUGCGACCAUAAUGAUUUUUUGCCAACCUGGAGAUAUUCGAAAGUUAUGGAAUGACCACUUUCAUUCACUAUCUGAAGAUCAUCGGUUACACUGUCAAAGUAUAGAACGAGUUCAAAAUAUGGUUCUUACCGAAAUAAGUGUCUUGGUACAAUCCAUGGGUAAAAAUUUCAAUGAAUUCGACCUUCCUAAGAUAACAGACGAUGUUAACUUACAAGAUGCAGGUUAUCGUGAGUUACAAGAAGAGUAUGGGAUUGUUUUGGAACCUGAACACUUGAGUGCCAAACAUUCACUUAAUCCGGACCAAAAAACGUGUUUGAUGAGAUCAUGA